AUGCCUUCUGUCCGUUGCAACGUAGAAUCAGAUACUUCAUGGACAAUCAGCAUCCUACUCGGGUGUCCUGACAGGUGCUCGACUUUUUACCAAUUAAAGUGGCGUCCAUCCACCCUUUAUCUCACUUGCACGCUCGCGACAGGCUCGUUCGAUCGCAUUGAGAUCCAUAGGCAUCGACCCGUUUUCGAUAAUCGAUUGACUGAAUUCGCUUUGCAUGAGUGGUUGCGAAAUGCGAGAAUAAUGGCAGUAUUUUGUUCCAACAUUCUAUCCAACACUCAGUGCAACGGCUUGACGAAGAGUGCGAUCAUUACGACUGAGGCGCAAGUUCACAUCCCCAGUGCUUGCUUCAACUCACCAAAUGUUGCUUCUCUCGAUACACUUUUUGCGAUUUUCGACAGACGCAAGCAGAGCGUUGGAUGGGUAUUAGUCUUAACGGGAGUCUUAUUUUCCCUGACGGUGGUCACCGGGACGGCCAGUAGGUUCAACCCCGGAGACCUUGAUCGGUUUACAUCGGUAGAAAAGUUCACAGCUGCGCUGGGCGUGUUGUCAUCUCUUUCUUUCUUCGGCUUCCACACAUGGUCAAAUGUCAUUUUAAACGCACUUUCCCUCAAGAUAGCUCGUCUGGUUGUCCCCUCUACUCUCAUCGCUAUUGCCACUACAGCCAUAGUUUUCGACAUCCUCGCCUUUGUGAAAGUAGAAUACGAAUUAUCUGGAACUGGAUUCCGUGUUGGCGCCCGUGACGAGUCAACUUUUAACGUUUACACCACUGUAUCAGUAGCUCUAUCGCUUUGCUUCCUCGCGGUCAUUGUUCUGAACAAUCUCCUUCUUCGCCGUAUUUCAAUUGCAUCUAUUUCAGAAUCGGGUCAAGAUGGUACAAAGGCAAAAGGGGAGCCUACAUCACCCCCAAACCAACGUCUUCCUACUAGGUGGCUUCAGACAGCAACCAGUCUAUCUCUCGUGAGGACCGCUAUCGCUUUAUUGAAGGUGAAUACCGUGGUAGCACGUGAGGUGAUUGGCUUGGGCGGGUACUGCGCGUACGUCUUUGUGAUCGUACAAUGGACCUGGGCACAAGUAGAGGAAAGAAAAGAACAUAACCAAUUCUUCACCCGCCUGCGUCAGAAUUCUCAGUUCACCCUUUCUGAUUCGUCCGAAAAAUCAGUAUCCAAGGAGGUUGGAAUGACCCGAACUCGUUCCAACACCGAGACCUCUGUGAAUAAAAGUCCUUUGAAAAAGCCUCCUCCUGCGUACGACGGGCCACAUACAGGGCCAUAUUCCCCGUCCUCCACAGAACAUUUAUUGGACCGGAAAGUUCCAGAAAGACGCUUUCGCCGCCUCAGCUUCGAUACCGGUCUAUCAUUUGCUUCCUUGGGACCAGAAGACUCGGCAUCAACGGCUGCAUUCUUACCACGACCACCACCUAAACCAAUCCAUCUUCGCGAGAGAACACCACUCGGACCCAAUGGUAGUGUGAUUGCGCCUCUACGGGAAUCACUUCUGAUGAAAUUUCAACAUCAAAGAUAG